UUUAACGCACCAUGCUUUGCCAAAAUUAAAAUGUCAAUCAACAUGAAUGGAGUCACCGUCAGUCUACGCUGCGCUGCGAGAAAAGAAGUUCGUACUGCAACACAUGCUCGGUGAAGGAUCUUAUGCUAAAGUUUACAGAGCAGUCUACAUCGUUGACGAAACCCGCACCGUAGACCUAGCCUGUAAAGUGAUCGAUACAUCCACCGCACCCCGCGCCUACUUGUCCAAGUUCCUGCCGCGCGAGCUGGACAUUCUCGCCCGCGUCAACCAUCCCCACAUCAUACACGUCACCAACAUCUACCAGCGCUACGCCAAGUACUUCGUAUUCAUGCGACUAGGCGAGAACGGUGAUCUCCUAAAUUACAUAUCAACCAAAGGCCCCCUAUCUGAAGCCCAGUGCAGAGUUUGGAUGCGGCAAUUGAUGUGCGCCCUAGAAUACAUGCAUGCUCUCAAUAUCGCGCAUAGAGACCUUAAGUGCGAAAACAUCCUCAUCUCUGCAAAUUUCAAUGUGAAAUUAACAGAUUUUGGUUUCGCGCGCCGAACGCGUGAUGGUGGGCCCAACGAUGUUAUGUCAGACACAUUUUGUGGGUCUCUAUUGUAUGCGGCUCCAGAGAUACUGAAGGGUGUACCGUACGCCCCUAAAAUGGCCGACUUGUGGUCCAUGGGAGUUAUUCUGUACGCUAUGCUCAAUAAAGCACUGCCGUUUAACGAUACUUCUGUGCGGAUCUUAUAUGACAAGCAGGUACAGCGCAAGUGGCGGUUUCGCUCGAAGAUAGUUAGUAUGGUGUCGGAAGAGUGUUUGGCCCUAGUAACAGGAAUGUUGGAGCCGGACGCGCAAGCACGGCCCACGGCGACCGCAGUCUUCAAUGGGCCGUGGAUCGCCAUGGAGCCGCGACUAGCCAAGUAUACUCCAAUAGAGGAAUCACUGCUAAAACAGGCAAUGAAAGAUUUAGAAAAGCCGCGAAAUCUUGAGGAAUGUGAUUCUGAAACAGGUACAAUGAAAACACUAAAAAAGCUGGAUCCAAAGCUGAUAGCGCCUGUUAAUGGUAGUGGACCUUUGGCCCACGGAAAAUAAUGUUAAUUGCUGAACAUAAUAUUAACCAGUCGCCUGUGUCGUACCAGGCGUCUGUGUUAAGCGAAAGACCUGUACAGUCAGCAUCAUAUAGAUAAGACUAGAGAGUGACAAUCAGAUAUGUCGUAACACGCUUAUAAUAAUAUAUUAAUAAAGAUGUGUUGCGAUAUAUUUGACCACUUUGGCGGUCACUAUCUUUUUCAUGCUGACUGUACCUAGGUACUUUAGAUCAUGUGUGAAGUCCAAGUUAAACAUAGUCAUUUGUCACAAUUACUUAUUGAAAUAUAAUCAUCUGUUACCACUCA